AUGAAAACCUCCAUCGUGCUUGUAGCGGCAGCUUUUCUUUGUCUUGUGGCUUUUCCGACCACAACCGUCGGAAAAUACUGGCCAAAAAUCGAAGGAUGGCCAAACCCGUCUGAAAUCACUAGAAACGAACUGAUGCUUUUGAACACUGGCCAUAGUUUCGGCUAUGGAGAUUCCAAAGUCUGGAAAUGUACUUAUAGCAACGGAUCUGCUCCUGCCAUUUCUAUUUCUCCAUCAACGCCGAUUCCGUCAACUCCAUCAACACCGUCUCCUCCUCCUCCAGCUCCUAAAAAGUCUCCCCCACCGCCAACGCCAAAGAAGUCUCCAUCUCCGCCUUCAUUAACACCGUUUGUUCCCCAUCCAACGCCCAAGAAGUCUCCAUCUCCGCCUCCAACACCGUCUCUUCCACCUCCAGCGCCCAAGAAGUCUCCUUCAACACCGUCUCUUCCACCUCCAACACCCAAGAAGUCUCCACCUCCGCCACCAAGUCAUCACUCAUCAUCUCCAUCAAAUCCACCUCAUCAUCAACAGAAUCCAUGGGAACACAUCGAGAGAUGUAUGAUAAACAUGGGACCUGUUGGGAUGUGUCGGAUGCAGAUGGAAGUCAGUUUCUACACGAGGUUGUUUCAAGUUAGUGACUAUUGUUGCAACCUUGUUGUCAACAUGAAAAGUGAAUGUGACGACGUCGCUUGGGGAUUCUUCAACGACCCUUUCUUUGUUCCUCUUGUUCGUUACACUUGCCAUGUCACCUGCUAGUUUCUCUUCUUCUUUGUUUGUUCUUGAUUAAUUAGGGUUUUUUUCUUUGAUUAUUUGUUUUUCGUUUUGGUUCGUUUAGUCAUGCGAUAUUUGUUGCCGUUCAUAUCUGAUGAACGGAUCUUUUGUUAAGGUUUAA